AUGCCAGGGGCUAGUGAAGAGACUACUUUAAAGGAGCUCGUUGAGGGUCAUCCCGAUUUGGCUUUCAAUGAAGAGAACACGAAGGUCAAAUGCAUCUCUACAGGUCAUGAGAUGCCUUUAACGUACCAGGUAGUUCACGAGUAUAUUAACAGACCUAAGUACUUGAAGGCUAGGGAGUUGGUGGAGGAAGGGAUCAGUGUCGAUGAUGAGAUGGAGGAGUAUAAGGAUUACCUCAUCCAGCAUGACCGGUUCCCUCAUUGCUACUUCUGUGUCGUUACACAUAAGAAGGUGAAUAAGGAUCCUGCCUCAGUUCACAAGCACUUGUCGGGGAAGAAAUUCCAGUAUAAGCUUAAGGCAUACAAAGAGAGACAGCAAGCGAGAGAGGGUGUUGAAGCCAAGUCGAAGCAGGCGAAAGGGAAGGAGGAUAUUGCUGAGGGGGAUGAGGAGGACCUCUCUAUGGAGGAGAUGGAUGCUAUGUUUGGUGAGGGAAGUGAUGAUGAGGAAGCGGUCGAAGAGGAGGAGGAAGGUGUAGUGGUGGAUGAUGAUGAGGAGGAGGAAGAGGAAGAGGACGAGGAAGGUGUUGUCGUGGACGAUGAGGGAGAGAAUGAUGAUGAUGAUGAUGAUGAUGAUGAUGUUGAAGAAAAUGACGAUGAGGAAGAAGUGGAGGAGGUUGAUGCUGAUGAGGUUUCUGAUGAGGAGGAUGAAGAUGCUGUGGAGUCUUAUGGGAAGGGGAAGGGAAAAGGGAAGGGAAAAGGGAAGGGAAAAGGAAAGGGGAAGGGGAAAGGAAAGGGGAAGGGCUUUGGGAAGGGGAAGGGCCUUGGCUCUGACGAAGACGAAGGUGGGCGAGGAAAAGGGAAGGGGAAAGGGAAGGGAAAAGGGAAGGGGAAAGGGAAGGGGAAAGGCUUCGUAGAGGAUAGUAUCGACAUCACCGACAGUGCUGAGCAAGGGAAGGGGAAGGGGAAGGGAGGUAAAGGCUUUGGAUCCCAUGGGAAGCGCAAGGGGAAGGGAAAGGGCAAGAGGUUCAGUGAAUCAGAGGGAGGGAAAGGGAAGGGAGGUAAAGGCUUUGGCGGUCACGGUAAAGGAAAGGGGAAAGGGAAGGGCUUUAGCGAAUCUGAAGGAGGGAAGGGUAAGGGAGGAAAGGGAGGCUUCGGUGGCCAUGGUAAAGGAAAGGGGAAGGGCAAGGGUAAAGGCAAGGGUAAAGGAUUCAAGCGGUCUGCUGAGAAUGAGGGAUUUGGCAGUUAUGGAAAGAGAGCAAGAUUCGAGUUUUACGGUAUGGAUCUUACUUGCCCUAAUUGUUAUGUAUUCAUAUGUCGGCAGAGAGAUGGUGCUGUGAUCAUGCUGGAAGGGGAAAAGCAGGCUGGGGAGUUCGGCAUGGAUGUUGGUGCUCGAGUCAAGGAGACCGAGAAAGGUACCUAUUAUGAUGCGGCUAGGCUCACGAUAACGACCCAUCGCAUUUAUUGGCGACAUGCUGGGCAAUACAAAUGUAUUCGGCUUGACCAGGUAGACACGAUAAAGAUUAAAGGAGGGUAUUUUCGAGAUGCGAAACUAGGGACAUGUUCUGCUGAUGCUGAGCGAUUAGAAGCCAUGGUCAGUCGGCUGGUCACUACCCAAAGCUGGAGCGCUUCGCCAUCGUAUGAGCCUGUCGGUGGGCAGAUUGGGGGUAUUGGGCGUCUACUGCAGCGGAGAGAGAAACAAAUAGAGGAAGACAAUAGGAGUGUGAAUGAAGGUCUCGCUGAUCUUCGGUCGUUGCAAGCAAGCGCUUCUGAUCUCGUUCAACUGGCCAGGCGACUUCAACGAGAUGAGAAAGAUGACUCAACUCAGGUCCGAUCUCUUCUUGAGGAAUACGGUCUAGUAAGUGAUGAUGAUGAUGGUACGCUGGCCGCUCCGGCAGCGACUUAUCAGCAAGUUAUCCAGCUCUGUUGCACAGCGCUGAGCAAUGCGAGCAAGUCCUGUGGAAUUAUGCUCCUUCAGGAUGUGUACUGCCUAGUCAACAGAGCCUUGGGCUUCGAUCUUAUCUCUCCUCGGACUCUUCUUGAGUGUCUGAAGACUGAGGCAGGUGGCUUUGCCGAACUUCUCGACGGAGGAAGCAUGUAG